CUGGCGCUCCUCUGAGGAUCCCGUUCUCUCUGCAGGCUGCUCAGGUUGUUUUCUUCCUUAGCAUCACCUGAGGUAGCUGUGUUCAUGUCCGGUAUAGCUACCCUGUUAGUGAUACAAAGCAGAUUGGUUCCAGUAGAAUGCAGUGCGGCAGUGUGCAGCUUCUAACGUUAGGUCAUAGAAAGCAUUAUAGCCUUCACCUGUGUCUCUCGGAUCACACAUUCUGAGGAAAGCCACGGCCACAACAUGAGGACUCACGCUGUCCUGAGGAGAAGCCCCACCGGGGAGGAACCGAGGCCCCAGACCCAUAGCCAGUACCAGGCUGCCAGUCCCGUAGUAAAUGAAGGGAAUUCAAGCCUUGCCACCGCGCUACAGGAAGAGGCUGAGGAAAAUCCUAGCCCUGUUGUGGAUGAGAAUAAUACAGUGCCAGCCAAAAAACAGGGACCGAGCACACAUAAUUGGAGCGGUGACUGGAGCUUUUGGAUCUCGAGUUCCACCUAUAAAGACAGGAAUGAGGAAUACAAACAGCAGUUCACACACCUGCCGGACUCAGAGAAGUUGAUAGCAGAUUAUGCUUGUGCUCUUCAGAGGGAUAUUUUGCUUCAGGGGCGGCUGUACCUUUCAGAAAACUGGCUUUGUUUCUAUAGCAACAUCUUCAGAUGGGAAACUACGAUUUCUAUUGCUUUAAAGAAUAUAACCUUUAUGACCAAGGAGAAAACUGCUCGACUCAUCCCAAAUGCUAUCCAGAUCAUCACCGAGGGCGAAAAGUUUUUCUUUACGUCUUUUGGUGCCAGAGACAGAAGCUACCUGAGCAUAUUUCGGUUGUGGCAGAAUGUGUUAUUAGACAAGAGCCUGACCAGACAGGAAUUCUGGCAACUGCUCCAGCAGAACUAUGGCACGGAGCUGGGCUUAAAUGCUGAAGAAAUGGAAAACUUGUCAUUAUCAAUAGAAGAAAAUGUGCAGCCAAGAAGUCCAGGAAGAAGCAGUGUGGAUGACUCCGGCGAAAGAGAUGAAAAGUUCUCCAAGGCCAUCAGCUUAACGCAGGAGUCAAUCAGCCGAGUUUCGGAAACCGAGUCCCUGGAUGGAAACUCACCGAAAAAAGGGUUAGGAAAAGAAGAGCCUCAGAGUGAGAAACAUCUGAAGAAAAGCCUUUUGCUGGCUUCGGGAAAGAGGUUAAGCAGAGCGUCCUCCAAAUCACUGGACUUGAAUAAGAAUGAGUACCUUUCUCUGGACAAAAGCAGCACUUCAGAUUCUGUUGACGAAGAAAAUAUUCCUGAGAAAGAUCUUCAAGGAAGACUUUAUAUCAAUCGAGUUUUUCACAUCAGUGCUGAGAGAAUGUUUGAAUUGCUCUUCACUAGAUCACACUUUAUGCAGAGAUUUACUGAUUCUAGAAAUAUAAUAGAUGUAGCAUGUACCCCCUGGAAAAUUGAGUCUGGAGGCGAUCAGCUGAGAACCAUGACCUACACUAUAGUCCUCAGUAACCCACUUAUAGGAAAAUGUACCGCCGCCACAGAAAAACAGACACUGUAUAAAGAAAGUCGGGAAGCACAAUUUUAUUUAGUAGAUGCAGAAGUACUGACACAUGAUGUUCCCUACCAUGACUACUUCUAUACGCUGACUCGAUACUGUAUUGUCGGAUCUGCAAAGCAGAGAUGCAAGCUGAGAAUUUCCGCAGACUUGAAAUACAGAAAACAACCAUGGGGCAUUAUCAAGUCUUUAAUUGAGAAGAAUUCCUGGAGUUCACUGGAGAACUAUUUCAAACAGCUUGAAUCAGAUUUAUUAGUGGAAGAGUCUGUGUCAAAUCAAUCCAUUGAAGACCCUGGAAAACUCAGUAACCUACGACGGAGAAGGCGGACCUUGAACCGAACAACCACAGAAACAGUUCCGAAGCUGCCCUCCCCGCGUUCCCCUAUAGAUGUGGGCUUCGAGGCCAAAGGGGACAUUACAGGAAAGAGAAAGACCGUGGAUAGCUGUGACACUGCUCUGAUUGUGGUGAUGAGUGUUUUUUUGCUCUUGCUAGUUCUGCUGAACGUGACGCUGUUUCUGAAGUUGUCAAAGAUAGAACACGCCGCUCAGUCCUUCUACCGGCUCCACCUCCAAGAAGAGAAAUCUUUAAAUUUAGCCUCUGAUAGGUUCUCAAGAACAGAAAAUAUUCAAAAGAACAAAGAUCAGGCCCACCGUUUAAAAGGAGUGCUCCAAGAUUCCAUAGUGAUGUUGGAACAGCUGAAGAGUUCACUCCUUAUGCUUCAGAAAACCUUUGACUUACUAAAUAGGAACAAGACCGGGGUGGCUGUGGAGAGCUAGUGUUGAGAUGAACAAUCAGAGAGACACCUGGACCUAGAAGACAACAUCUGGAAGGAAAUCGAUCAUGAAAACUGUCACUGUCAUAGGAACAUUUCUGAUAUUUUUAUUGCCGGAUUUCUACUAGGAGAACUUAUUUAAAUAACAUUUACUUGGUGAUUACCCUCCAA